UCCGUCGACACACGUCGUGUCAUUUGAUGCUCAUGCUAAUAAAGACAUUAUGCUGCUGAGUCAUCAACUACUUUCUUUCUUUCUUUUUUGUGUGACUGCGUUCCCGUGACGCCGGUCAGACUUGUCGUGGAGCUCCCCCUGGUGGCCGGCGGAGGAACGCGCGCUUCUGAAGCGGACUUUUUUUUUUUGCGCAUGACAAUCAAGUCGCGCCUGUCGGGUCGAGAGGAUUCAACUCAGAAGUCGUGAGUCGGGGCGACGGCGGAGCGGAGUCGUCCGUCGGUCAGAGGACCGGCGGUUCCAUUCCCCAGUGACACGUAACCCCAAAUUGUGCACGAGCGUUAGUUCCUCCUGCGCGGCGCGAACGCGCUCCGAUCGGACGAUAACGAUGCGGAGCAGUCUUUCCCACCCACCGCCGACCGUCGCUGUUGGGACCGGGUGAGGAGGAGAGGACGAGAGAGAGCGAAGGAGAGGAGCGACUGAGAGAGAGAGAGAAGGAAAGUUCAGGGAGUGGUGAGUCAACAGAUUUUUUUCCCGGCGUGUCCCCCCCCCCCUCCACCCCCCCUCCACCGGCGCCCCGCCCACAACUCCCCCGCGUCGGGGAGCCGCGCGGCGAACCUUUCAUGGCCGUGGCGCUCUAGGGCUGCCAUGGCAGCUGCUGCCGCCGAUGCCUCACACCGUAUUACCGCACUGACGCCGGAGGAAGAGGGACGACGGGCCGCCGCCGCCCCCCCGCUGCUGCUGCUGCUGCCACGCAUCGAGCGAGAGAGAGAGAGGGCGAAAGAGAGAGAGUGGGAGAGGGCCGACGAAGGAGGAGGAGAAGAAGGGGCGGGGAAAGCGAGAGGGAGCGAGUGUUUGGUGUGCGGGGCCCUGUUCGCCUCGCAGCAGAAGCUCCGCCUCCACGCCGCGGGCCACGCGGGGGAGAAACCCUUCCGCUGCUCACAGCCUCACUGUCCCAAGGCCUUCAGCUCCAAAUACAAACUCUUAAGGCAUAUGGCCACACACUCUCCACAGAAGACCCACCAGUGUUCGUUCUGCGAGAAGAUGUUCCACCGCAAAGACCACCUGAAGAACCACCUGCAGACCCACGACCCCAACAAGGAGGCGUUCAAGUGCGAGGAGUGCGGGAAGCACUACAACACCAAGCUGGGCUACAAGCGCCACGUGGCCAUGCACUCGGCCACGUCGGGGGACCUCACCUGCAAGGUGUGCCUGCAGAGCUACGAGAGCACGCCGGUGCUCCUGGAGCACCUGAAGACCCACUCGGGGAAGUCCUCGGGCGGCGCCAAGGAGAAGAAGCACCCGUGCGACCACUGCGACCGCCGCUUCUACACGCGCAAGGACGUGCGGCGGCACAUGGUGGUCCACACGGGCCGGAAGGACUUCCUGUGCCAGUACUGCGCCCAGCGCUUCGGCCGGAAGGACCACCUGACGCGCCACGUAAAGAAGAGCCACUCGCAGGAGCUGCUGAGGAUCAAGGCGGAGCCUCCGGACAUGCUGGUGCUCUUAGCGUCCGGGUCGCCGCCUUGCUCCGUGAAGGAGGAGCUCAGCCCCAUGAUGUGCGGCGCGGGGCCCAACAAAGACCCCAUGAUGGGCAAAGCGUUCCCCGGCGGCGCCCCUUUCUCCAUGGGCAUGUACAACCCCCACCACCUCCAGGCCAUGUCCAGCUCCGGGGCGGGCCACCCGCACUCGUCCCUGAUGCCCAGCCCCUUGUCCGCAGCGAUGGGCAUGGGCUGCCACAUGGAGUCCCCCGGGCCCAUCCACCCGCGCUCCCACCACCACCACCACCACCACCACCAUCACCACCACCACCAUUCCCCUCCGCUGCCCACGCACCACCAGCCUCCGGCCCCCCAGCAGCAGCACCAGCCCCAGCCGAGCCACAAGUACCAGCUGGGAUCUACCUCAUACCUGCUGGACAAGCCCUUGAAAGUGGAGAUGGAGAGCUUCCUCAUGGACCUGCAGAGCGGCUCGCCGGGUCCGCACGCCGCCGGCUCGCCCGCCAAGGACGGCCUGGAGCCCGCCUCGGGCCUGGUGGACGAGCUCUGCGGGGACCACCUGCUGUCCAAGAGCCCCGCGGUGAUCGCCGAGUCUCUGUGCGCCGCCAACAUGGACUUCUCCCACCUGCUGGGCUUCCUGCCCCUCAACCUGCCGCCCUACAGCGCGCCCAUGAGCACGGGGGGGCUGGUGAUGGGCUACACCUCAUCCGCGACCCCCUCCUCUUCCUCCUCCUCCUCCUCCUCUUCAUCUCUUCACGCCGCCGAGGCCCACGCCGCCGCCUCACCGUAUACCUCUUUGCAACCGCAACCUCAGGAGCAGCACUGCUCCGGCGGGGGUCUGGGUCUCGGACCCCUGCACCCCCACCCGCCAGUGUUCAGCUCCAGCCUCAGCACCACCACGCUGCCUCGCUUCCACCAGGCCUUUCAGUGAGAGGACCGGGAGUUUGGAUAUUAUGGGCUGGGCUUCUUUACGUCGAAGAAGUUAGUGAACCAGAAUAAACCAGAAUAAACACAAAUGAACACAUAGGAGCCUUCAAUGAAAGUGCACGGAAGCUUUUGAUUUAAAAGGAAGUUUGACCUCUGAGAGCAAAAAAAUGGAAAAGCUGAGAUAAGAAGUUGAAGCAGCUUUUAUUUGGGCUGCCCCCCCCCCCCCCCCCCCUAUCCUAUAGUUAUCACAAUGUAUUAACCCAUCCUUUUCAUUUACAUUUACUCCCCCUUUAUCCCCCUUACGUCCCAUAUUUAGUAGCAUAGAGGGCCGGACCAGUAGGUGGGACCGCAUGCCUUUAAGUAACAAUAUAAAACCCAAAAAAAAUCUUAAGAUAAUUCUUGAGUGAAGAUUAUCUUCUGUCCUGUUGUGACCCAGAAAAGAAUAGUUUGAAGUGGAUAUUUUGUUUGACUUUUAUUUUUCCAAAUGUAAGAACGUGUCUCUAGCCACCCACUCUGAUAACCCCACCCCACUCUAAUAACCCCACCCCACUCUAAUACCCCCACCCCAAUCUAAUAACCCCACUCUAAUAACCCUACCCCACUCUAAUA